AAAUUUCCAUCCCGCAAAGAAAUUCUUACAUGUUUUUUUUCUUAAAAAACCACCUCGGCGCUGGAAACCGUCAUUUGACGUGGCAUAACCAUUGUUCGCCAACAAAAACACACACUAUUCAAUCAUCUUCUCCCAACUUCCCAUUGUCAGGCUUUCUCCUUUUCCAACAACAACAACAAUGAGUUGCCCCAAUCUUCUGCCACAACUUCAACACCAUCUUACCAAAAUAACCAACUCAAGUUUCACGAUUCCACUAAAACAGUUCAUCCAGCCUACACCAAUGGACUCACAACGAUCAACACACACAAUCCGGUCACACGGGCUCGCAUUAGCCCGUAUUCACUUCCAUGAUUGGUUGAUUCUUUCACUACUAUUAGCAGUUAUGAUCAUUUUAAGUCUUGUUCAUCCUUUCAACCGCUUUGUUGGAAGAGAUAUGAUGACUGAUCUAAAGUAUCCAAUGAGGGAGAGCACUAUACCCUUUUGGACCGUUCCGUUGUAUGCGGUUUUGUUGCCGGUGGCGGUUUUUGGGGCGUUUUAUUAUUAUAGACGGGAUGUUUAUGAUCUUCAUCAUGCUGUGUUAGGGCUUUUGUUCUCGGUUUUUAUAACUGGUGUUAUAACGGAAGCGGUUAAAGAUGCGGUUGGUCGACCACGCCCGGAUUUUUUCUGGAGGUGUUUUCCUGAUGGGCAAGAUCUAUACGAUCAAUGGGGAGAUGUUAUAUGUCACGGUGAUAUCAAUGUUAUACGACAAGGCCACAAGAGUUUCCCAAGUGGGCAUUCUUCGUGGUCUUUUUCUGGUCUCGGGUUUUUGUCACUUUACUUAUCUGGAAAAAUAAAAGCAUUUGAUCGCCAAGGCCAUGCUGCAAAGCUAUGUGUAGUUUUCUUCCCGUUGCUCGUUGCAUGUCUAGUCGCCAUUUCUAGAAUCGAUAACUAUCGCCACCACUGGCAGGAUGUAGUUGGCGGAGGUCUUAUAGGUAUAACAAUGGCGGUAUUUUGCUACCUGCAGUUCUUUGCACCACCAUAUUAUAGUGAAGGAUGGGGACCGUAUGCAUUUUUCCGGGCUUUAGAGGAUUCGUGUGCAAUCACUCAAGUUUCCGGGCUUCCCCCUACGCGUGAUGGUGUGGGUGGUCACGUUGAGAUUCAGCAACGUGGGACCGGGAGGGACAGCAAUUCGGCAAUGAUGUGUUCGCAUGAUGGUUCAGAUAUGUCCAUAGAGGAUCUUGAAUCGGGUGGGCGGCAGUCAUGAUGUAUUAUGGUUAGUUAGUGUUAGAAACCUAGGUUCUGUUUCUGUUCGCGGUGUACGUCCCUUAAUCUGUAUGUAUGUAGGUCGAUUCUAUCUGUUUAUGUUAUACUCUAACCGAUUACUAUAUUUGUUAAGCUAAGCUGGGAUGAAACGUUGCUCCUUAUUACCUAUCA